AUGGCAUACGGGCGAGGAGGUGCGGGUAAUUAUUAUGCAGCUAAGGAGGAGAGCAAGAAGGCUGCCGAGGACAUUGAGGCAAACCACUCUGGUUCAUCUGUCGCACAAGCUUCUCACUCUCCCGCCACAGCGCAGCCCUCUAAUGCAUCACAAAGUUAUGCACACAUGGGCCGUGGCGGGGCGGGCAAUUGGUACCAGCCUACUGAAUUGCAGAAAGAUGGCACCUUCACUCAACCUGGCGACUCCACUGCUAUACCUACAUCUCCUAUCCCACAGGUUAGCACACCAUGGCAUCCCGAGGGCCAGGAACUGCCUAUUGCGAGGAGCGGAAGAGGUGGGGCAGGCAAUUUUGUGUGGAAGAGCGAAGAGGAGGGAAAGAAAGAAAGAGAGGUCGAAGAGGCCACCAAAGAAGGAUUGCGAGAGCAGGUAGAAAGGAGUGUUGAAGCAGAGUUGGCCAAGCCACCUGGUGCACUGCUUGGCAACAAGCCUGAGAAGGGCUGGUAA